UCUGUCAUUCACAGACACACCUGAGCCUCGUGCGUACUGUACGUCAGGUGACUUUACCGGACACAAAUCUACUUUUCAUGUAGGACCAGGAGCUGAAAUGAGAUAUUAAAGAGCUUGAAAGGUUUAUAUCAGUGGAUGUUAAAGGGUCGUUUUCUGUUUACUUUCUUCAGGUAACUUGGACAUUAUGCUGCAUUGCUGCGAGUUUUCGCGCUUCCUGCUCGGCGAGACUCGAGUAAUACCCGGACUGGAGAUUUGGACUUUGUAUCCGAACUGAUCAACAAUGGUCCUUUCUGAUCAAGUUAAAGGAUAUACAGCGAAGUAUAUGUAAUCUAUGGGAUUUUGUUGUGAAGUAGUUUCGGUUAAACGCUUGUUGGAUGCGACAGCGAAACUGUUACGCAAUGAAUUCGACGUCGUUUAUAUUAAAGCUGCUUUUAUUGGCCGGUACCUGUGUGUGUUCAAUGGAGCGGGUCACACACCGUCCAGAAAACAACAUCAUCUGUCCUCAGACUCUUUUAAACUGCAGCUUGGGACACACAAACCCUCUCAGCGCUGCUGAUGUAACCUGUUGCCCUGCCUCUGUAUGUCAUGCUGUGACCGUCAAGCCCAAACUGUGCUGUUACAAUGAGGAUUGCAAACCAUGUUUUUGGAUCAACAUCCAGUUGAGCUUCAUUGAAGAUACAAAGGAUGUUAGUGAUGGAUCAGUAUAUGAAGGAUCUGAAGAAAACAGCGGAGAGGAUUCGGAAUAUGAGUCUAUAUCAAAUGAUCAUACGCAAUGCCAAAUGAAAGAAAACUUUAAUUGUGAAGAACACACAGAUGAUAAAGUUACUAUUGCAGUUUGUUACCAAUCAGCUGAAAGCAAUGAAAUGCGGUGCAAGAGAUUAGACUUCACUGUGGUUUCUUCUGAAAGGCACAAACCUCUCAGUCUGACUCUGGUGGAGUAUGAAGAUGUUCACUUUGGCAGAAAAAUGACAAUCACGGUUGGAUCGAAGAAAACGGAAGCUGAAGUUCCUACAUUAAAAACAGUGUGUUCCUCACCAGACCUCUUCAAGAACAUACAGCAGUGUAAAGGUCUUAGAAUUCAGACUAAAACGCACAAGGGCCUGGAUAAGAUGAUAUUGAUCAUUAAAGAUGAGGGAGCUUCUCAACCCUUGUACACAUGCAUGAAACGCGGAAGAGAAGGAAAAUGCUGGGUCAGUGAACUCGCAAUUUUUUCUGUCCAAAUAACUCACAGCCUGAGGACUUGCUGCAUACUUACUGAGAACGCACUGUACAAACCUGUUUGUUCUUUCUGUCGUCUACCCCUUCUUGGUAAUGUAUGUUAUACUUUAUUUGUCUUUCAGCCCCUGCCAAAUAACAGCAUUCCACUGGCAUCAAUCACAGACUGCAUCUGUUUUCAGGCUUGGAAGCAAGAUUCCGAACGUUCUGAAAUCUGUCCCUUUGAAGGGCAUAAAACAGAAUUCAGAGCCAAUGUCUUGAGAAACACAUCAGUGUCUGUUGUCCACAUGAAGACAAAUGACAAUGAGCCGAUGCUGAGCUGGAAUUUAACAUCCCCCUGCAGGAUCAGUGCUGAGCUGUGGCCGUGUCUCCUGCAGGCGGAUGGAGAAUGCAGAGAAGUUAAAGGAUUUAGGCAGCAGUGCUGUAACACCUGGACAGAAAACAGCACUAAACUAUGGGCAUCCGGGUCGUUCGUGAAGAUCAGGUCUGAAAAUCAGCAGCCUCUCUGCGUAAUGCUUAAAGUGGAUGAAGAGAUUGUGCAGUACUGUCAACAUUCCUUGGAGCGGCAGUACUGGAGUCUUCUUCUUCUCCUGCCGCUGAUCGUUGUUUGUCUGACUGUUGUUGGAGGACUUCUGCUGGUGAACAAAAUCAAAUGGUCUCUGAGCGAAUGGGACAGACGUUACUCUCAAGAUACAAGAGGACAGGUGUUAUUGCUCCAUUGCCCUGCCAACAACUCACAUCUGGUGUGUAAACUGGGCCAGUUGCUUUCUGAGUUGGGUUUUGGAGUAUUUCUUGACUUAUGGAAUCUAGCAGAUCUUGGUUCACGUGGUCCGGCAGCGUGGCUCCAUUCUAAGCUCGAUCACAUCAAGAAACAUGGAGGCAAAGCCCUGCUUUUGCUUUCUCAAUCAACACUACAGAGAGCCGAAUUGUACUGGGAUGCUGCAGUGGAAGGUCAAAACAAUCCGGAAACAAACUGCUCAGAUACAUUAGCUUCAGCUCUGGGGUGCAUUUUUGCCGACCGCCAAAAGGGCGACGACGUGCAGCGGUUCAUUCUUGUGCACAUAGACUCUCCUGAACUUCUCGUCAAUGUGGAGAGUGACCUCCCAAAACUGUUGAGAGGCCUGCCACUCUAUAAACUGCCCUCGCAGGCUCAGGGAUUAUUAGCAGAACUGUGUUUGGAGAAACCAAAUAAUGUGAACGGGAAGCUGAAGAAGAUGUGGUGGAUGAAAAGGGCACAGAGCAAGUUGGCUACAGGAACGCAGAACUUUUGUAAAAUGACAAGAGUGAGGACUGAAUCCAUGAACACCCAGACAGAUUCACUCAGUGUCGACAUGGAAGACACAGAGGAGAGAGUUUGUCUCAGACAUGAACUGCACUGACGUGUUGUUUGUAUGGACUAUGACAUUAUAUGAAAAAUACACAUGUCCAAAAAGGUACUAUAUCUAAAAAAAAUUAUGUUGAUGGUGUGCUUUUCUGGGCAUAAAUGUAAAUUUACAGGUUUUUGAUAUGUGGUUUAGUGGCUCUAUAGGAAUGUCACUGUGGUGUUGUGCAAACAAAGACUUACAUAUAUGUACAUGACCUAAAGUAGGUCUGUAUGGGAAAUGUUUACAUGAGGAAAUUGAAAAGUGCAGACACUGCAGGAAGAACUUUAGACAAAAGAGGUAAAGACUUCAAAUUCCAAGAUGCGAAUUCCAGUGUUGGGUUUAAAUUCCUGUGCUGGGUAAAGUUACUUGUAAAAGUAAUAUAUUACAAUCUUGAGUCAAUUAAAAACUGUGUCCUAGAUUCUUUUUAAGGAAAA